CUUCCGCUUUGGUCACGUGGUGACCCCAAGACCGGAAACGAGUCGCCCAGCAGACUCUUGUCACAAACUGGGAUAAACACACUACGAAGAGUAAACAACUCUCUGUUUUAGCCAGCGGACUUUAAACAUAUAGAUUUUUUAAAAACAUAAACAUGUCAGCGACAGAACAACAUGACAGCCCAGAACAUAAGAACCACGGCGGCUCAGGCAGCCACUACGGCUCCACGGAAAGCGGUGGAGAACUCGGGCCUCCGGACAGCAACCACAGCAACAGCCCCAACAACCAACAUUUCCCCGCCACCGUGGAAGACGAGGAGGCCAUUCGCAGGAAGCUGAAGUACUUCUUCAUGAGCCCGUGUGACAAAUACCACGCCAAGGGUCGCAAGCCUUACAAGCUGAUCCUGCAGCUGCUCAAGAUCAUCAUCGUCACAGCUCAGUUGGUGCUGUUUGGCCUCAGCAACCAAGUGGUGGUGACCUUCAAGGAGGAGAACACCAUGACGUUCAAGUACCUCUUCCUCAAAGACUUUGACGAGUCGUCAGACAGUUCUUUUGCCGUGUACACGCAACAGGACGUCUACGAGCACAUGUUCUAUGCUGUGGACCAGUAUCUGUCCCUGCCGGAGACCACCGUGGGCCGCUACGCGUACGUCUACGGCGUUGGUGUGAAUGGCAGCGCUCUGUCCCUCUGCCAGCAGUACUACAAGAGGGGCCGCAUCGACCCCGCCAAUGACACGUUCAGCAUCGACCCGCACAUCAUCACAGACUGCGUGGGAGUGAACCCUAUGUCCGUGCCCCCCGCUCCGCUCACCAGCUCCUACAAGAACUUUACACUCAAGUUCCACAAGUUUAUCAACGUCACAAUCGAGUUUCAGCUGAAGGCCAUCAACGUGCAGACCAUCAUCAACAAUGAGAUACCCGACUGCUACACUUUUUAUAUAAAGAUCGUGCUGGACAACAAGGCUCACAGCGGCAAAGUAAAGAUACGACUGGAGAACCAAGCAUCCAUAAAGGAGUGCAAAGACCCCAGCGUGUCUGGACAGGCUCAGAAUUACACCCGCGUGGCGUUCGAUGUCGCUGUGGCGCUCGUGUGCACGCUGUCGUUGUUGCUGUGCGGGCGCUCCAUAGUGCGGGGCAUCAUGCUGCAGCAGGAGUUUGUGCAGUUCUUUAAGGAGAACCUAAAUCGCAAAGUGUGUUGGGCCGACCGUCUUGAGUUCAUCAACGGCUGGUACAUCCUCCUCAUCGUCAGCGACAUCCUCACCAUCACUGGAAGUGUCAUCAAGAUUGGCAUAGAGUCUAAGAACAUGUCUUCCUAUGAUCUAUGCGGCAUCCUCUUAGGGACCUCCACCCUCUUGGUGUGGGUGGGGGUCAUCCGCUACCUCACCUUCUUCCAGAAAUACAACAUCCUGAUCGUGACUCUUCGAGCAGCCUUCCCCAACGUGAUCCGCUUCUGCUGCUGCGUGGCCGUCAUCUAUCUGGGUUACUGCUUCUGCGGCUGGAUCGUGCUUGGACCGUACCAUGUCAAGUUCCGCUCGCUGUCCAUGGUGUCGGAAUGCCUCUUCUCCCUCAUCAACGGCGACGACAUGUUCGUGACCUUCUCGGGAAUGCAGGAGAGCAGCAUGCUGGUUUGGCUCUUCAGCCAAGUGUACCUGUACACCUUCAUCUCGCUCUUCAUCUACAUGGUGCUGUCGCUCUUCAUCGCGCUCAUCACCGGAGCCUACGAGGCCAUCAAGCAUCAAACCCAGGAGCCCAUCCAUAUAACAGACCUGCACGCCUUCAUCGCGGAGUGCACCGAUGCGCCGAGCUCCGGCAAGUUCAGGGGCGUGGAGACAUCGCCGUGCUCCUUUUUCUGCUGCUGUGACAGAAUGACAACAUACGAGGACGUCCUGCUGGUGAACUGAGGGUGAACUCGGUUCAAAUUACACUGGACAGCCUCACUGGAACGAGCCCUUUUUUUUUUGUUUUUUUUUUUUUUUUUUUUUUCUCCUCCCCAGCACUUGACUAAAGGAUGAAUCAAUCAGUUGGAGCGACAUUCCCGUUGAGGAAUGCACGUGUCGUGAAUUCAUCAGGAACAAGCUGCUUUGUGGAUGACGAAAGCACACGUAUUUAUUUCAUGGCACAAAGUCGGGCCAGCUCAGUGUUGUUGUUGUUUUUUUUUUUAUUUACAUUCACAAGAAAUGAUUUUUCACCUGCUAGUUUGUUAGCAGAUUUCAAUUAUCAGGCCAAUCAAUGCACGCAAAACUUUGAGGCGGAUCCAGUUUGACUGUGGCCUCGGAGGGGAUGGCCUCUUUAUAGAGUGUACCCGUUAAGUGUUCUUACGUUUUGUGGAGCCAGAACCUUCACUUAAGACUUUUUUUCCCCUAGUUUUUGGAUUUCAAAUAUGGAUUAAGGAAGGAGGAUUACCUCACUGGACCACAACUCGUUGUUUUUAGCAUUUAUACAUCAAAACACACUCAAGAUACAGACAAAAACAAUUGUGCAAUGUAGUGUCGGACAGGGCUUCUCAAUUUGUCUGUUUUUAAAAAAAAAUGGACUUCAUGUAUUUUAUCUUUUUGAAAAAUACAUAUAAAUACACAAAGCACAUUUCAGGACAAGAAACGGAGGCGCACAUUGAAAACCAAACAAUAUUGCCAUAAUCCAGUCUCAAAAUUCUAAAUUUCACCUGUGAAGUAAAUACAAUACAGUAAAUACAGGUGCGUCUAAAUAAAUUACAAUAUGGUGGGAAACUUCAUGAGUUCAAUUCAAAAAUUGAAACUCGUGUACUGUAGAUUCACUGUGAAAUAUCCCAAGAUGAUUUUUUUUUUUAAAUGUAACGUGAUGCUUAUAGCUUACAGUUUACAAAAAGCGCGCACUCACAAUCUCAAGAAAUUAGACUAUUACAUAAACAAUCAAAAUAUUUUUAAUAUAGAAAUCAGGUCGAAAUGGCCUUCUGAACAGUAUUUUCCUGUUUAAUGAAUCUGUAUGUGAAUUCUUAGCUUUUUUAAUUUACUACUAAAAUAAAUCCACUUUUCUGCGUUAUUCUAAUUUAUUGAGAUGUACCUGCUGUACGAAAAUUUAAUCUAGGUUUUUUUUUUUUUAAAAAAAACAACCUCAAAAGCCCCAAGUCUGAUGCAAAUUAAAUGUUUUUUGUUUUUAUUUUAUUUAUUAAAUUUAUUUUUAACUUGCCAGUUGAGAAUCUCAUGGUGCAGUUACAGUACGCUGCACCAGUGCACCAGCAUAAUUUUUUUUUCAUUAAGGUUGCUGUAGUAGAUUUUGCCUUCUGUACUCACAGACUAAUGAAGCACUUGCUAUUUGGUCAUUAUUACCAAACAAAGGAAACCGCUCUUAUUUCAACACGAGAUCCCUUCAGGAAAACAAUGUUGGUCAUUUUAGAAAGCCAAACUUGAAGCAGCCAAAUAGGUCAAUUUUUGUAUGGCAAUGUACUGUGCACUAAUGUGGUCCUCCUCGUGAUUUUCUUAUUUUUUUUAAAUCUGCCUUUGUCGUCAUCACGGCUGUUUUAUAUUAUGUUUUUUGUAUUGCAACUAAAACGCACAAUUGUCGAAGGUGCCUCCCGUUCGGAUGACCUUCAUUCAUUUGUAUUCAAAAACAAACCUGUGUGAAAUGUAUCCAUAAAUGAUAUAUUAUAUAUUAUCCAUAUGUGCCCUAA